AAUACGUUGUUAAUAAAUAAAAUAUAAUAAUUAUAAAUCAUUAUAAGUUUAAUCAUUAAUAUUUCAUUAUUAAUUAUUACGUUAUAAGCAAAAUAAAAAUGUUUAACAAAUCAAUUAAGUGCUUUUUAAUAAUUUUAAUAAUAAAUAUUGUCUGCGUUUUAACCGAGAAUUUAGGGACCGCUGGUAACCCUAGAGGACAACAUUGCCGUGGAUUUAAUGCUCAAGAAAUACCUAUGCGCUUACCCGACGCCCUAUAUCGGCAGCUUAGACCGGGCUGACCGGUGCAAACAGCUAUUCCCUAAGUUCAACAACACAGGCACCGCCAAACUGAGCUUUGUCGGUCAAAACACGUACAACAAUCCGUGUAAAGUUGAGUGUGCCCUGUGCGAGGAAGAGCUGCCAACCAACAAGGACAAUAAUCUACGUUCGUACCCAGCUCAUAUGUCGCAGAAAGAAGACAUUAUUCAAUGCCAAGAGUCAGUGGAGGUGUUUGAACAAUAUAUGGAGGAUGGUGUCAAAUGUGGACCAUAUCAUGUGUGCGACAACCUGUGCUGCGUCGCCCACCCGGAGCUGUUCCCGAGAGCGCACAAACGGCGCGCCACCACAACCACACCGACCCCGCAGGACAUACCAGACCACUGGACUCAGCCGCUGCCUUGUGACGAGGCCGGCUUUUUCCGCAACCCUAACGAUUGUACCAAGUUCUAUCGGUGCCACUCAAUUAGUAGCAAGGGCAAAUUUACCCGCACCCUCUUCAAUUGCAAUCCGUUGGACACUGUGUUCGAUGAGUCAUUCGGAGUGUGUGUCGCGCCCGAAGACACUGACAAUUGCGAUGACAUUUUUGGCCGCUAUUAAUGAACUUA